AUGAAAACGGUUGGGGGACAAAAACUACUAACAGAAAUCGAGGAAGAAAAUCUUGUAAAUGUUCUGGUAGCUGUCAGUGACUAUGGUUCUCCAAUGACCAAGUUAGACCUGAAAAUGCUUGUUUUUAAUUAUUUAGAAAAAAAUUCACGCAGUCAUAUUUUUAAUGGAAAAAUGCCCGGAAACACUUGGGUAGAAAAUUUUUUAAAUAGACAUUCAUCAAAAUUAUCAGUUCGAACUACACAAAAUAUAAAAAAGGUCCGGGCCGAGAAAGGUCUGCUAGAAAUGCAAAAUUUCUUCGAUAAUUUACAAGCGACGCUGAAGGAUAUUCCACCUAGUAACAUCCUUAACUACGAUGAGACUAAUUUGUCUGAUAACCCGAGUAAUUUAAAAUGCAUUUUUAGAAGGGGCAUAAAAUAUCCCGAAAGAAUUUUAAACAGUUCUAAGAGUUGUGUUUCGAUUAUGUUUACGGUGUCUGCAGCUGGUGACUGUCUUCCAACAUAUGUAGUAUAUAAAGCUACAAAUCUAUAUUCCGAAUGGGUUGACGGAGGUCCUGAUGGAACUCGUUACAAUUGCACGAAAUCGGGUUGGUUUGACUCUGCCUGUUUUGAGGAUUAUUUUAGAACAAUUAUACUAAAGUGGGCAAAGAAUCUUUCAGGGCCAAAAGUCAUAAUAGGUGACAAUUUGUCUAGUCACCUAAAUAUCGAAGUUGUGGAGCUAUGCCAAAAAUAUGAUAUUAGAGAAAGUAAUAAUAUUAAAAGUGGAUUUAGAGCCGCGGGAAUAUGGCCAGUUAAUGCCCGAAAUGUUUUGAAACGAAUACCUGAGUAUUUUGACGAAGAAGUGUACAGAAUAGAUUCAGCUUUAUUAGAUUACCUACAAAAAACAAGGUGUUCUAAACCAAUGGCAGUGAAAAGGAGUAAGAAAUUACGUACAGAACCAGGCAAGUCAGUUUGUGCCGCCGAUAUUUUAAUAAAAACAACUAGUAACAAAAGUGUUCAAAAUAAGAAAUCUAAAAGAUUUGAAAACUAUCAGGAUAAUUUUAAUGAUAUAGAAAGCAGCAGGCAAGAUUGUGAGAUAAAUAUAUUAGAAGAAGUGACUACUGAAAGAGACAUAGAAGAAAAUGAGCUCGUAUUGGAUGAUAAAAUAGGAUUUUUUUUAAAAAACACACCUGAACAUAUUGAAACUACCCAGAAGAUAGAACAUGAAGCAAAAAUCGAAAAAGGUGACAAAGAGAACUUGCCAUUUAUAGUGAUAAAUGAUAAUGAUUUGCCACCAUGUUUGCAAUCAACAAAUCAAACAAAUGUUAUAAUAACUUCCAAUGUAAAAUUAGACUGUAAGGAAAGAAAAACACAGAAAAACUUAAGGAUCCAAAUAGAUGCUGGUGCUAAAGUUAUUACGCAAUCAGCACUGAAAAUGAAAUUAUUUACAAGGGAUAAAAUAAAUAAAAUAAACAAUGAUUCAAGCGUAACGGACAAAAAUAAUGAAUACAUAAAUAUGCAAAAAGAAGAAAAUACAACACGAAAACGAAAAAGUAUGACUAGAACCACAUGCGUAAAGCGUGAAAAAAGGAGUAAAAUUAAUAAAAUCAAAACAAAAUCAAGGAAAACAACAUCUGUGAAUAAGAAGAAAUUUAAAAAAAAUAUUAGUGAAUCAAGCUCUGAAAUUUCCGACUUUCAAUUGAGUAUAGCAGAAUCAGAUGAUUCGGAAUAUGAAACAUUAAAUGACUACAUAAAAAUCUGUUUACAAGAUCAGUCGGAAAAAGAAAACUUGGAGCCGGACCCGAUCCCGUUUGGGAUCAGUGAUAUUGAGUAUUUCACAGGCAAUGUUGAUAAUUUAAACGAAGGUGACUGGCUCAUAGCAAAAUUUGCUACAAAAAAAAAGCGUCAAGCACUUUGUUGGACGGAUUUUAUUUAUUAA